AUGGUCAACUCUUGUGGUUCCACCUGCUCUGACCAGGGCUGUGGCCAAGGCUGCUGCCAGGAGACCUGCUGCCGCCCCAGCUGCUGCCAGACCACCUGCUGCCGCCCCAGCUGCUGUGUGUCCAGCUGCUGCCGCCCCUCCUGCUGUGGCUCCAGCUGCUACCGCCCCUCUUGCUGUGGCUCCAGCUGCUGCCGCCCCUCUUGCUGUGGCUCCAGCUGCUGCAGGCCUACCUGUUGCAUCUCUAGCUGCUGCCGCCCCACCUGUUGCCAGACCACCUGCUGCAGGACCACCUGCUGCCGCCCCAGCUGCUGUGGCUCCUGCUGUGGUUCUUGUUGCUGCCGCCCCAGCUGCUGUGUGUCCAGCUGCUGCCGCCCCAGCUGCUGCACUUCUAGUUGCUGCCGCCCCUCCUGCUGUGGUUCCAGCUGUUGCAGGCCCAGCUGCUGUGUGUCCAGCUGCUGCCGCCCCAGCUGCUGCACUUCUAGUUGCUGCCGCCCCUCCUGCUGUGGUUCCAGCUGUUGCAGGCCCAGCUGCUGUGUGUCCAAUUGCUGCCGUCCAGUCUGCUGCCAGACCACCUGCUGUCGCCCUGUCUGUUGUGGAUCCUCCUCUUGUUGUUGA